AUGCUCGUGUUGCUUCUGGUGACGUGCUCAAGUGGAUUGCGUGGUUCGUUCUUGCUGUUCGACAUGAUUGGAGGGGGGGGAGGGUCGAGUCGGCACGCUGCUAUCGCUGCAGGGCAUGGCGGAGCUGAGCCCCGCCGCCAACUGCCGGUUGUCAAGGCCGGUGCACUGACGCUGUUUGCGGUGCUGGGGUAUUCCUCAGGCGGUGACCUUCAGUAUCCCUUUGCUCUGGCAUCCAUAUUUUCUAGCACUUCUGGUGCAGGCCAAGGGCUUUCUUUGGGAGUCUUAAACCUUGCAAUGUCAUACCACAGGCGGAAUUUACCAGCGUUUAUUGCGGGAGCCGUAGCAGCUGUAGCAAGUGGAGUAUUGGCUCUCUCUAUGUUCCAUCUCCGCCGGUGA